CCUCUAUCUGUCCUUGCUUUUGUGUGCCUCUCUUGUUCCUUCUCUACCACCUCACAGGUAGUAGAGUAGCAGCAAACUCGGAGAAAGCUGGAAAGGCUGAAGCUUCACUUUCAUUGGAGGUUAGGGAUUUGCUUUUCUGCAUCUCUAUGUCUAUAUACUUGAGCGCAGGGGGAGAGAGAGAGAGACAGACAGAGAGAGAUAGAGAAAGAGGGAGAGUUUUGGAUAAUUCUGUACUCAGACAAAUGUAUAGCAUUCAAAGUUUGUGAGGAGAUCUCGAUGUCUUUGCGAGGACGUAAAGAUUAGUACAAGAACAUGUUUAAUGGUCUUCGAUUCGAGCAACAAUUCAUGGCCUGUCAAGUGGGAGCGAGGAUGCUGAGGUCUGGUUUAUUAGUGAUGGAGAGUGAAGUCUCUGAAAGAUCAUGUAAGACUCUCAAAGCGUAUGCAAUGCAGAACUGGAGCAGUGAGCUGAAUUUUAGUGGACAUACAUCAAAAUUUGGCGUAAAGUCUUUCCCUUUUCUCAGGAGGAGGCUUCAAUUGAGAAGACAUGAUUGGAGAAUACUAUUUGCCUUGAACACAGGGGGGUUAUCUGGAAAUGGUGGACAAGAGAAUCUUGAUGGUGACAGUGGUCUUGGUGGCACGCGAUUGGGAAGGAUAGUAAGUGCAGGUGGCCAACAGCUACUACAGAAGCUGAAUUCGGCAAGAAAGAACUUCCCCAUGAAGAUAUUUCUCGUUCUAUUGGGUUUCUACACCGCAAAUGCACUUGCUACAAUUCUUGGACAGACGGGUGACUGGGAUGUAUUGGUCGCAGGUGUUGUGGUUGCUGCCAUUGAAGGGAUUGGCAUGCUAAUGUACAGAAAGCCCUCUUCUCUAUCCACUGGGAGAUUGCAGUCUUUUGUAGUGAUGAUGAACUAUUGGAAAGCAGGAGUGUGCUUAGGUCUUUUUGUGGAUGCAUUUAAAUUAGGUAGUUGAACUCCUCUUCCUCAUCCUUCCCCUUGAGGUUCUUUUUCAGACAAUUUGACUGUUGUAUCCCUAGCAAUUGAUCAGUUAUCAAUAAUCAUGCUUCAAAUGUAAUUAUCUUUCA